AAUUUAUAAUGGUCUAUCAAGAUCACUUGACUAAAUUUGUUAUUUUACGACCACUUAAAUUUAAACGGGCUGAAGAAGUUGCGUAUAACUUACUCGAUAUUUUCACUCUUUUCGGUGCACCAAAUAUACUCCACUCAGAUAAUGGGAGAGAAUUCGUAAAUGCUGUUAUUACAAAUUUGUGUAGUUUGUGGUCUGAAGUGAAAAUAGUUCACGGAAAAGCUCGCCACAGUCAGUCUCAAGGUUCUGUGGAGCGUGCCAAUCAGGAUAUAGAAAGUAUGAUUGCGACGUGGAUGGAGACAAAUAAAACAACGAAAUGGUCAGAGUCCUUAAGAUUCGUACAAGCUAUGAAGAACGGAGCUUUUCAUUCUGGAAUCAAACGCUCCCCAUAUGAAGCAAUGUUUGGGAAUAAAAUGAAAAUGGGAUUAGCAAAUUCAAUUAUUCCAAAAAAUGUACUACCAGGACUGCAAACAGAAGAGGAUUUAGAGGCAGCACUUACCGAACCAAAGGCAAAUAUAGUUGAAGUUGGUGAGAUAGAUGAAGAAGUUGAAAUCGAUGACGUUGUAGAGACACAAGGAGAAACUCAAUAUGUAGAAACAAGGGACGUAGAAAAUGAAAUACCAGCACGGACACAAAAAAUUAAGCAACAUCGAGAAGAAUCACUCAUCGGCCUACAGAAACAAGCAAGACAAAUGUUGCAAAUGUCAAACAAGAAAAUGCCAAUUGUACUAAUUGGACAAACUGUCAAAAUUAAAAUUCCCGAAGUCGAUCGAAGUAAAAUUGAUGCCCGCACAUUAAUGGCUAAGGUGUUACAAGUUGUGGAUGCAGAUUUUUAUCGCCUGGGUACAAAAGCGGGAACAAUCUCACAACUGUUCACUCGCAAUCAGUUCACCUUAUGUGAAGAAAAUUUUUUAGAAUCGGCAAUUAUACCAGAUAAUGAAAUUGGUAUUCGACAAGCAGUAUCGCAACUGUCUUUGACUGGUGGACAAGGAUUAAUAAGGUGUGAUUGUUUGAAAAAAUGUGUGACAAACAGAUGUAAAUGCCGAUCAAAAAAUUUAUUAUGCAACUCGAGGUGUCACAGCAGUCAAGCCUGCACAAAUAAAUAAAUGUACUUAGUAAAUUUAAUUUGUCAUUUUUUGCAUUAAUACUU